AUGAACAUCCGCCUCAUGAACGUCUGGAUGGAGGAACAAGACAUCGUCGAGUUCAUCCGGCGAAUCCCAUUUUUUCCUGAUGCUAAAGACCGUGUUAACAAUGAGAUCAACCGUAUGAAGGCUGACAUGGAGACUCUCCUCUCGACUUGGUCCGUUGAACAAAUCCGCGCGGUCUUCACCGGACCAAUUCGUUAUAGGUGCCGAAUUGAGCAACUCCAAGGGGAGACGCUCACUGAGAAAUGUAACAGUGCCUUGAGAAUCGGGGGAUUGACGUUUCUGACUGAUGCGAUCUACUUGUCGGAUUUCGAUAUGGCAGAGCGUCUCAGACAAACCAAAUUGAAUGUUUUCUCGCAACUGAUCACUCGGGAUCAAUUCUUCCGUCCAAAAAACCAAGAGGAUAAGGAGCUGGUGGUUGCUGGUGAGACACCAGGCUCAGCAGUUUUCGACAUUCUCUGUCUCCCACCAGAGAUAAUCGGUCAAAUUAUGCAACAAUCUCUCUACAAGGAUGCUCAAAACUUGGCUAUCACCUGCAGUUCCACUAACACCAUCUACAGAAACAACUGCUCCAAUAUGGACCUCCCCGAUAUCGUGUUGAUACUUGGCUUCUCUAACGGAGAGCUCACUGUCCGCUGGUUUUUGGAGAAAGAGUACCAGGAGGCUCAAGGGGAUCCCGAUGUGAACACCGCUAAGAUUUUUAUCCAAAACAAAGAAAACGAACGGAAGAAGUAUCAGCUCCUGAAAAACACUACACUUUUGAAAGUGAUGAUCACAGACGAGUUUGCUCCGGAGUACUGUGCAGAGGUGUUGAAAUUCAUUGGAAAUCGCAAAUUUCAAAGAUUGGUGGUGAAGGGUGAUGAGUACAAUGAGAAUGUGAAGAUGAUGGUGGAGGUGUUGGAUAAGGAGUACGUGGAGAUGGAAGUCAACAGGUUUACAGUGGAACACAUCCCGUUUCCAGAUAUCAAAACAAUAACUGUCCGCGACAACCUCAACCGAGAUAAUAGCGAACGUCUCUUCUCCGCCAAGCAAUUUGUCAACAUCACCUGCGCACUCAUCAACAUUGACUCGUUCCGCAAAGCACUUUUCGAAUGGGACACCGAGCAACGGGAAAUCGGAAAAUGGGUCAUCCUUAAGCAAUUCACCAUUUUCCAAACGCCAUUCGGAAGACGUCAUCGUAAAGACACCUGUCAGCGGAAGGGAUAUCUUGAAUUCAUCAGCGAACUGAACUCCACUCAAAUGCCACACGGGGAAGUCACCGAAUACGUCUUCCGCCCGACCGAAUAA